AUGAAUCACGUGACCGAUUACGACUAUUUUAUUUCGGUGUUGCACGCGUCGAUCCACACGAUUUUCCCCACGAAUUUGGUCAAAACGCAGCACUUGCUGGAAAACAACGAUUACUACUUGAAUGAGUUCGAUGAUCAGUACCGAAUCACGCUGUUUGCGGGGCAGAAUAUCGCGAAGGAGGACGAAUCGAAGGGAAGUGUAGAUAUUUGGAAUUCCACUUUAAUCCACGACUCGGAUCUCGUGCUUUUCGCGGUGGAAAUCAACGCGGAAGAGGAGGCGGUGCGCGCGUCGAUCGAGCCGAAGCUCGCUUAUUACAACACCAUUCUGAAGAAUGUGCGUCGCGAAAUCGUGUUCCUGUACCACAACAACGAAUUCAAUCCGAACCACACGAACAAUCUCCACCAGAACGAGUGGCAGAAGCGUCUCAACCUCUUCGACAAGUCGCACAUCAACAUCGACUUCGCAUACUCCGACAGUUCUCGCUACAUCUACCCCAACGAGCUCUCUCUGUACCGCAUUCGCCACCAACUCAACGUUCUCUCCCCCUCCCACUUCCACCACUGCCUCAUCAAUCCUUCGCCCUUCCAGACCUCCACCGACCUUCUCCACGUCUCCUCCGACGUUCGCCGCCUCGCUCGCUGGCUCACCCACACCUCCAUCGGGCUCGUCUUCAGCGGCGGCGCCGCGCGCGGCUGGGGUCACGUGGGCGUCGUCAAGGCCAUGAACGAGCUCAAUCUCCCCAUCGAUAUGUGCGGAGGCACGUCCGCCGGCUCUCUGGUCGGCGCCGCCGUGUCGAUUUUCCGCGGGGAUUACGAGCUGGUGAAGGAGGUGACGCGGCGCGCGGCGAAGUUCUCGUCGAACGCCGCGCUGUACAUGCUGGACGCGACGCUUCCGGUGGUGGCUCUGACGAGCGGCGAGUUCAUGAGCGAGGUGACGAUGGACGCGUACGCGAACAAGCUGGUGGAGAACACGUUCCUGCCGUUCUUCGCGAUGUCGACGGACGUGACGGACAUCUCGGAGUUCGUGCUGAAGACGGGCUGCUUGUGGCGCUACGUGCGCGCAUCCAUGUCGGUGAUCGGCAUCACGCCGCCUGUGGUGGAUCGCGGCGUGUCGGACCACUUGCUGGUGGAUGGAGGCUACGUGAACAAUGUUCCGACGGGCGUGAUGAAGCAGGUUCGCGAUGGAAACGGGGUCGAUUGUAGCUGUUUAAUCCGGGAAUUUUGUUCACGUCGUCGGUGCAGAAGCUCGAUCCGCCGCUAA